CGCAAAAUAUGAUUUGGCAACAAAGCAAAAAUGACAGAAUCGCAAGUUCGUGCUCCAAGAUUUUAGUCUCAUAAAUAGUGGGUGUAAGAAAAAAUCGCACACAUUUUUAGCCCUAGAGACCCCAUAAUGUGCAUCACAUCGUAAAAGCAUCACCACGAAAUGUUCCUUUUAGUGACAAUGUGCAAUUCUUGAUCGUGUCCAAAAGUAGGUUGAGUAGUUAGAAAAUAAUGGAUUUAGCAGACUCCGGGGGUGGUCUCGGCCCUGAGACCAUCUACGGCACCCACGAAGACUCCCAUGUGGUAAUGUCCGAAAAGGUUCAGUCUUUGGCUGGUAGCAUUUACCAGGAAUUUGAACGAAUGAUCGCACGAUACGACGAAGAUGUUGUCAAGACUCUAAUGCCCCUGCUUGUGAACGUACUCGAAUGUUUGGAUGCGGCGUAUCAACAAAAUCAGGAACACGAUGUCGAGUUGGAGCUCCUUCGGGAGGACAACGAGCAGCUUGUGACCCAAUACGAGCGCGAAAAGGGGGCCCGUAAAGCCGCAGAACAGAAAUUACUAGAGUUCGAAGAUGCUGCUGAGGGGGAACGCAAGGAAUUAGCGGCGAGACUCGAAGCUCUUGAAAGUAUUGUCAGAAUGCUGGAAUUGAAACACAAGAACUCAAUGGAGCACGCGGGGCGUUUGGAGGAGCGCGAGGGGGAACUCAAGAAAGAAUAUGCCAAACUGCACGAACGCUACACUGAACUUUUCAAGACCCAUAUGGACUACAUGGAGCGGACAAAAUUGCUCCUUUCGGGCCAACAACUCGCCAAUGAUAGGGCUGAAGCAGGCCGGUUGAACUCGAAUCGGAUCAACAUAGGGCGCAGUUCCGGCCCCAUUUCCUUCGGGUUUACCUCCUUGGAGAACGCCGAAGUCGUGGAUAGCGUCCCUUCAUCUCCCAUCAGUAGUACUCAUUCCUCGCCGAGUUUGCACAGCGAGUUGGAUAAUUUGGAUAAGAAGUUGGUGGAAAGGGGGCAAGAGACCGAUUCAUUGAAUUUGGAGAAUAAGAGUGUGAUAACGUCGCCGAUGAGUCCCCCGGGACAACAAACGACAAAUAAUAAUACAGGGAGAUUGAAAAAAGAACAGAGGAGUGGGAAUACGUUGUAUCAGGAGUUGAGUUUUCAGGAUGUUGAUGGCGAUGAUGACGGGGACAUUACAGGAGGUUGGGUACAUCCAGGAGAAUACGCUUCGUCAGUCAACGAUAAUUUUUAUGGAAUGGGCAAAGAAGUCGAAAAUUUGAUAAUGGAAAACAACGAGUUGCUAGCGACCAAAAACGCCCUAAACGUAGUCAAAGACGAUCUCAUCGUAAAAGUCGACGAAUUGACUGGCGAAAUCGAAAUGCUCCGUGAGGAAAUCCUCUCGUUAAAUCUCUCCCGAACGAAACUCCGCGAAAGGAUCAGCGAUCUCGAAGAAGAGCUGCGAAAGGUCAAAGAAGCGAACGAGGCGAAACAGGAGGGAGCUGAUGACGAAUCCGAUGUACCAAUGGCUCAAAGGAAGCGUUUCACGAGGGUGGAGAUGGCUAGAGUCCUCAUGGAGCGCAACCAAUACAAAGAGCGUUUCAUGGAAUUGCAAGAAGCCGUCCGUUGGACCGAAAUGAUCCGAGCGUCGCGCAAUGACACCGCUUUUGACAAGAAGAGCAAACAGAGUAUUUGGAGAUUUUUCAGUAACUUGUUCAGCGGCUCGGACCGGCCGCAGAGGCCUUUAGUGGGGCCGCAUCUGCGAUACCAGACUGCAACCAAUCAAAUUGCGCCAGGUGUAAGAGCGCUGCCUCGACCCGGACAUGAUUUCGUCGAAACCGAAUUGGGUUCGGAAAAAUUGGCGUUGAGGAGGGCUGUGGAGCGUAGAGAGCAGUACCGUCAAGUGAGAGCGCAUGUGAGAAAGGAGGAUGGGAGAUUGCAAGCGUACGGUUGGAGUUUGCCCGGAAAAGUGGGUCCGGGAACGAAAGGAACACAGAGUAGUUCUGGAGUUCCGGUCCCGGUUCCGGUGUAUUGCCGGCCGUUGGCCGAAACCACUCCGGGGAUGAAAAUAUGGUGCGCGGCGGGGGUUAAUCUUAUGGGGGGUUAUACCAAAGACGGGGGGCUUAUGGUUGGAGGUAGCGUUUUCUACUCUGAAGAGCCUCGUUUGGAGCAGCCCCACACCGAGUUGGAGAGUUUGGAUCAGGAGUUGGCUGCGAGUCGCGAGGGGGCGCUCCUCGAGACAAAACUAUCGUCUCUCGUCUGGAUUUGUACAUAUACGCACGCCGCUAGUAUAGUAACCGUUAUAGAUGCGAAUAAUCCGGCGGAAAUUCUGAAUAGUUUUGGGGUAUGUGCAAAUCAUGUCUUAUGCAUUGCGAGUGUACCUGGUGCUAGUCCGAACGAUUAUAAAAAAACGUAUACCAAAAUUAACGUUAGUGAGAAUGUAAAAGACAGUGAUAAUGUAGAAAGUAAAGAAGCAGAAGGCCAGAUUGUCGAAAAUGCCAAAACGAAUGAUAAGAAUCACGAGGAGGUGGAAGAGGCGGCUUUGAUUGGGAAAGUUACCUUUGUUGAAAACGACACGUCGGUGGUUAAUAAAAAAGACAAGUAUACGAAAGCAAAGUGUGAAUCGGGGGAAGAGAAGAAUGAAGAUAAUUGUGAAGAGGAAAAAGUCGAAAAUCAUCCCGAUGAAAAUCAAACUGAGAAUGCUGAAACAGAUGAGAGUAAAACUAGUAAUCAGGAAAUAAUGUCAAGUGUUUUGGCAACGAUGUGGUUAGGGGCGGAAAAUGGGAUGGUUUAUGUUCAUUCGUCGGUGGCGAAUUGGAAUCAGUGCCUGCAUUCAGUCAAACUUAAAGAUGCAGUGAUAAGCAUUGUACAUAUAAAUGGUCGUGUCGUGUGUGCAUUGGCCUGUGGCACUUUGGCAAUUUUCGCUCGGAACGACGACGGGGAAUGGGACCUUUCCCGUUACCAUCUGGUACAAGUGGGUUUGCCUCAUCAGUCCGUUCGAUGUUUAGCUGUUGUCGGAGAUAAGGUCUGGUGCGGAUAUAGGAAUAAAAUACAUGUGCUCGAACCGCAAGAAAUGGGAAUAAUUCAUACGUUGGAAGCGCAUCCGAGACGCGAAAGUCCCGUGCGACAAAUUGCGUGGUUGGGUGAAGGUGUUUGGGUUUCGAUUCGUUUAGACUCGACUUUAAGACUGUAUCAUGCUCACACCUACCAGCAUUUGCAGGAUGUGGAUAUUGAGCCGUAUGUCAGCAAGAUGUUGGGUACGGGAAAAUUGGGCUUUUCCUUCGUGCGCAUAACCUGCCUGUUGAUUUCCUCAAACCGUCUCUGGAUUGGCACGAGUAACGGCGUCAUAAUUUCUGUUCCGUUGAGCGAAAGCGGCGGAAACACCGGCAGCAUAUUUCCUCGAGGAUCAAACAGCCUUCCCGGAGCGGGAGUACGCGUUGCUCCUGUUCCCGGAAGUUUCAUCCCGUUUUGUACCAUGGCCCACGCUCAACUCAGUUUCCACGGUCACAGAGACAAUGUGAAAUUUUUCGUCGCUGUUCCCGGAAACGGAGGGAUGAGUGCGGCGUCGACGCCCUCUGAGGCAUUGUCGACUUCGGCAACGUCGAUUGGUUUGCCUCCUAAACAACCCUCUGCGAUGUUGGUGAUGUCGGGGGGCGAAGGCUACAUCGAUUUCCGCGUCGAGGACGAUAAUGAACCGAGAGAUGGAGACUCGCAUCUACUCGUUUGGCAGGUUUUGCCUGAUAUUCCUGGGAAUCCUGUUGGGUGAUGAAAUGGAAGAUAGCGUUAUUGAUACUGAAACCGGUGAUCUUGAAGCAGCUCAGGGUGAAUCCAAAGGGGAAAAAAGUCAUUUGAUUGUAUGGCAAGUGUCCACAAGUUAAUUAAGCAGAAAUGAUAUUUAACAUUAAUUAAAAAUUAUAUAACAUUUUGAACUAGUUUAUAUAGCGGUUUUAGAUUAGUGAUGUUUAUAAAACCAACUUGAAUGACAUAAGUAGACUCAAAAUUAUCGUCAGCUUGUGAAUAUGUUAUUGAUACAUAAUAUUUUAUUGUUGUUUUAUAUCUGUUAUAUGUAACAUAUUUUCUGUAAAAACUAUUUAUUAUGAUUUGUAAAUUUUAAACUUGUAUAAGUAGGGAAAUUUUUAUUUAAUGUAUUGUGCUUACACUGUAAAUGAAACUUAUACAUAACUGAA